AUGGGACUUCAUCACGGCGGGAAACGACUCGACAUUGCUCCGUUCGAGGUCGAGAUGCGAAGGCUCAUUUGGUGGCAAGCAGUUGCAAACGGGUCCAGACUCGCCAUAUUAUCGAGCCAGCAGCCCGUGCUUCCCAAAAACUGGGAUACAAAGAAGCCUCAAAACGUCAACGACGCCGACAUGUUCCCGGGCUCACACAGGCCAAUACGGUCGCGCGACGGGCCGACAGAGAUGGUACACGUGCUCCUUAUGAACUACGUUCACGAGAUGUACAUAUCCGGGGGUGGUUUCAUCCUACAAUCUGGAGAAGAUGCGCGCAAGGGCAACCCGCUGAACAUGAAUGCCCAGCUGACCCUACAAAGGGCCGAGCACCUUGCAGGACGGUUAGAAGAGGGCCUGCACGACCUCGAGAGGCAAUUUGUAAACGGGGCUGUUGGGCCCGUUCACACGGCAGCGCUUGUUCUACGCCGCUUCAUGACCGGCGGACUAGUUGACGUGUUUGUGCCAUUGAUGGACCAGCCGGAAUGGGGAACGGAAAUACUCGGCCCCAGGGAUCUGCUAUUCAACUGCACAAUUUCAGUUUGA